AGCACAGUUGUCUGAACAGUGUACAAACUCAUUACUGUUUUUUCGGGCAAGGGUGGAAAAAAAGUGGUAAACAAUGAAAGCAGUAACAGUUUUAUUAAAAAAAAUAAACAAUGAGACAAACAUUUCCAACAUCUUGGACUGUUCAAAAAUCCCAUGUUAAACAUACGAUAAAGCCCGAAACGCGUGAAAAUGUUCCGAAUGUAAAUCGGGUGAAAUAGACGCUCGUAUAGUUAGAUUAUGCGUCUAGAUUGAUUAAACUGGGCGAGUCUACUUACUUAUUACUUGAGGAUGAAAAAAACGUGUUUUUUAAAUGUUGCUCUUAAACAAGGGUGGCGGUUGAACUACUAAAAGUACAACAACAGUUAAUUCACAACAAAUCGUACGGUAUGUUUUUAUAAUCAGUAGAAGCUAGUCGUAUUUACGCUUAUGAGACCUGUUUCACCCAUAAAGUAAAGAAUUGACAGGUCCAUCAUGAAAUAUUUUCCCCAGCGUGCAAAUACUUGACCUAUUCAAUAUGAUCGCGGCCUCAUCGGCUGCGAUCAAUUAUGACAAAAAAUAAAUCUCUAACAGGGUAUAUAUAAUUACCCCGUAAGCAAAUUGUCCGAUCUUUCGUUUGAAUAGAUGACAUUCAAUGUUUAAACUAAAAAAUUUAACGUAUAAUUGCACCCAAGUUUAAACUUAUAAAAAUAUGCGUCCUUUCAUACUGUGUGAAAUUGACACUAGGGAUUAAUAAAAGAAAUAGAAGAAGUAGAUAGUACAUCUUACAUUAUUGAAGAAGUGGUAUAAAUCAAAAAUCUUAAGUUUGAGAUUGUUUACAUACAGUUUUAAGAAUUUUAAGGAACUUAAUGCGGAUAAGUACCAAAACAACAAAUGGGUUGUUGUUCGGCUUUGGCAAAGGUUUUCCUUGUUGCUGUUAAUAUAUUUUUUAUGGUGAUCGGCCUUGCGUUUUUCGCUCUUGGCCUUUUCGUUAGAUUCGGCUCCAGCGUCAUCAACGAAUAUGUUGAUUCCGCGAAAAAAUCGAUUGAAGAUUCAGUCAGUGGUAUUUCUACGUUUGACCCAAUUGACCUGUCAAGUUUUGAUGAAACCGAGAUGCUACGUGGUGUGGCCCUGGGUCUCAUUUUCACAGGCUUGUUUCUGGCUAUCAUCACGUUCCUCGGGUGCUGUGGAGGAUGCUGCAAUGCAAAAUGCAUGCUCAUCAUGAACAUCGUUAUAUGCUGUGUAGUUCUACUCGGACAGGCAGUUGUUGUUGUAAUAUUGUAUGGAUCGCCAGAUACGUUUCAAUGCGGCGUGUACGAAGAUAAGUACUUCCCCGCCAGUGUUAAAUACACAUUAUGUAAGAAGAUAUUUAGGAGAAAUGAUAACCCGCAUCAAUGCAGAGCGAAGAAAACUGAUUUUUAUAUGUUUAAUCAAAUGACUGGUGAUAAGGGCAACAGAGUAGAGAGAGAGUUGGAGAAAUUUUUAGAACGGGCAGAAAAGAAGUGGUGUAUAAAUUUGAAUGAGAAGAUAACAGCAAGGAAGGGAACAAGACCAAUACUACCAGAGAGGAGAAAAGAAAGAACUAGGACUUUGAGUGAAAGGAGUAGCAGCAGCAGUAGUGACAGUGAAGAAAGUAGUGAGGAAGAAAUGGAGUUAGAGAAAGAGUUAGAGUUAAGUGAUGAUGAGUUUGAGAGUUUCCAGGAAGAAAGUUAUUUAAAAGAAGUGAAAAUGUACGAGUUAGAUGAAUAUGAAAAGAAGAAAGAUGAACAGAAAAGAAAAAAUGAUCAAGAAAAGAAGGAACGAAUUGAAAAAGAAAGGUUGGAGAGGGAAAAACAAAAGGAGGUUGAAAGACAAUUGAAAGAUAAAGAAGAUAAUGAAAGGAAACAGAAGGAAGAAAAAGAAAGGAAGGAAAAGGAGGAAAAAGACAGGAAAGAAAAGAAGGAAAAUGAGGAAAACGAAAAGAAGGAAAGAGAGGAAGAAGAAAGGAAAGAAAAAGAAAAGAAGGAAAAAGAGGAAAAAGAAAGGAAAGAGAAAGAAAAGAAGGAGAGAGAGGAAAAAGAAAGAAAAGAUAAGCUAGAGAAAGAAAGGAAGGAAAAAGAAAAGAAGGAAAAAGAGGAAAAAGAAAAAAAAGAGAAAGAGGAGAAAGAUAGAAAGGAAAAAGAAAGAAAGGUGCAUGAGGAAAAAGAAGAGAAGGCGAGACAGGAGAAAGAGAAGAAGGAAAAAGAGGAGUUACAGAAAAAGAAGGAAGCCGAGGAGAAACAAAUAAAUGACAAGAAAAUUAGAAAGGAAAAGGAAAAUCAGAAAUCAAAGAAUGAGGAAAAAGAGGAGAGAGAGAGACAGAAAAAUCAGGAAGAAAUUAGGAGAGAAGGAGAGAGAAAGGACAAAAAUGAAAAAGAAAGUAAGAAAAAGGAGGAAAAACAAAAAGAGGGGGAAAACAAGAAUAAGAAUGAGAAAGACAAAGAAAGCAAGAAAAAGGAUGAAAAACUAAAAGAGUGUGAAAAGAAGGAUAAGAAUGAGAAAGACAAAGACAGUAAGAAAAAGGAGGAAAAACAGAAAGAAGAUAUGAAAAGGAAGACAGAUGAACAUAAGAAAACUGAUAAAGAUAAAAUACUUAAGAACUCGUAUAGAGAAAUCGAAAUAAAAGAGGAUGAAGAGAUGAUAGACAUAGAGAAAGUCCAGGAAAUGAAAGAAAAUAGAAGAAACAGAAAGAGAAAACUAGUAUAUGAAAAGAUUGACAAAGAAUUUCUAGAAAAUGAUGGAUAUGAAUAUGAAAUUAUAACAAUUAUCAAGAAAUAUAAAAUAGAAAACAGAUGUUAAAGGAAAACUGAUGUGAUAACUAAUACAGAAAACAGAUUGUUGGAGAUCAGGAUGACUAAAGGAUUAACAUAACAUUAACAUUUACUAAUAGGAUAUCUUAAACAUUUACUAUUUUAAUAUUGGUACAAGUACAUUGUGUAUUUAUACACUUCAUAAUUAUUACACUUCGCAAUUAUGGACACUUUAAUUAGUGCAAAUAUUGCAGGAAAAUACACUGACACUUAAGUAGUGCAAGAAAAAAAGAAUAACAUUAUUAUUAUAUGAUAUACUGUAUUGUUAUAGUUACAAAAGACUGUUUCAUUUAAGUAAAUAUAUUGCUAUUAAGAUUGACACUGUUUAAAUAUUCUUAAAUGAAAAGUAGAUUUUAUAUUUUAUGUAAAAUAUGUUAAAAAGUAAAAUUUCUUACGUGUAAUUUUUUCUUGAAGAAUUGGGACAAUUCUUGAAAGGUGGGGGUAAUGAUGUGCUGUUCCCCACCUACUUUAUGCAAUGUUCUUUCAAUCAAAAAUAAUACUUCUCGGAAAAUAUGUAGUAACCAUUAUUGGUAAUAACAUUAAGAAAUGUACCUUAUUAAGUAAUAUCCAUAAUUACUAUUUCAAUCAUUUAUGUAUUAUCUUGUAUUAAUUAUAUAAAGUUGCUCCUGCAACAACGUUGUGAAUGUCCGCCAUUUUGUUUCCCAGAAUUCUAGAGGGCGACCCAGUUUUUACGGGAAUACCUGAUUCUAGAUGACAUCACAAUGUAAACAAAAACAUUCAUAUAAAUAGGCCGAAUUUUAAAUGGCCAUCAGUUGGAGACUGGAUAUUGAUCUGAAUGGUAAAGGUAGAAUAAGAUAAAGAUAAAGAUAAAAAUAAAGAUCAAGAAGAUAUAUUGAGCAUGAAUACUCAUAAGAUACAGGUAUUAUUCAAUGAAUGGUUACAGUUAAAUAUUGUUGUUGUAUAAAUAAUUAUUGACAUAUUUUUACACCAGGUUGAGUGUGAAAAUAAAUAUAGUAAACUUU